AUGGCUUCGGAUCGAGCUCCCCAGCUUUUGGAGGCCGGUUUGUCGGUGGCUCGCACGUUAAGCGGAAUUUGUUUCAAUGGUGAAGACAGGAUGGACUGUGUAUUGGCAACGGCCAGAAUGAGUGCUGCUUGGCAGUCUCGUGGGAAGAUGCCACGGUUUUAUGUGGACAACGACGGUGGGGGGGGGGUCAAAAGAUUAGGUGUGGCUAGUGGUAAAGUUGUCUCCCGUAGUCGAUAUGUUGCUGUGGAUUCCGCCCUCGAGGAAGAUGUCUGUGGCAGUUCUAUCAGCCGACGAUUGUGUCAGAAGCGCAACAUUGAUCCUCUGUUUUCUAAGUCCCCUGUUGUUAUCGAGAUUGCUGAUAUUGACGACCCACAAAUGGUGGAAACAACGGAUUUGCGUCGGCCGGGGGAGCCAGACGUUGUAGGGACUUACUCCAUACCUCCCUUUGUUUCUGAUGAUGCCUCGUCGGCGUCGGGUCCUUCGUCUUUGGGUAUGACUGGCGUUGCUCCCUACUUGGUGGUAGAUGUUGGUCGUCUUCGUUACAUGGGGGUUGAUUUGGCGAAGGUGGCUGCUGUUAAAUCCGAGCGUGACGAGCUUGCAGAGAAGGUUUGGCUUCUCGAAGAGGAGCGACAUAAGAUUGAUGAGCGCUACCUCGUGCUGUCAGGGGAAAAAACUGUUGUGGAAGCUCAGGCGGUGACCCUAGAUGGGGAGACGAGAUUGGUUCAGGUGGUGGACCGUGUUGUUAAGAGCAGUAAAUUCGUGCUUGGGAUUCGUCGUGUGAAGGCCGCAUGCAUGGCUGCUGGCGUAGAGAUGGGAAAGCAGGUGGGCUUUUUCGAGACAGAUUUCAUGUCCUACCUCCGUUUAGGUGAGCUCGGCCUUGUUGAUCUUCACCAAUUGUGCUCUGAAUAA